GUCAUGCAGUAUUUAUUAUAAAAGGUAAAGGAACCCAGGAUGGCUUUUUGUACUUGUCUUUACCUUUCUCCACUUUCCUCCGUUUUUGCAUCUUAAACUACAUGAUCAAUGAUGCAAAGGACUACCGUCUAUGAUGCAGCAUUCUCUUAUUUAGAAAAUAAGUCUGAUAAUCAUCCUCUUAAGAUUCCUCAAAUGUGGCCACAAUUGCCAUUGGUGUUUAAAAAAUAAUAAUACAUAUUUUAUUUCUAUGUGCUUUGACUACACCUGUGAUUUUAACGACGGCAUUCUGUAUAGCAGGCAAAAUUUCAACAGGUGAAGCUUCCUUGCUCGCAGUUUUUUCGUGUCAGUGAAAAUCGCACCUACAGAUUUUCUGCGGGGAGGCAGGAAUGGAGGCAGAUUAGAGGGCGCGACUGGCAGGACAAGAGAAGAAGCUAUGGGGCGCGGGGAGGGGUCCGACGAAGGACUGAACUGUGUACCAUCAGUUCUGCUGAGCAGCUGCAGCUGAGCCCUGCCAUCUCUGACAUUUUAUCCAUUCGUAAGCCUUGGCUGAGUGAAGCGAUCCCGAGCGAGCAGCGCAAGGGGUCCCCGCAAGGCGACCGCCGAUCAAUUCACAGGAUCGCGCGCACGGAUUCCUCCCCACGUGCUUUCUUCUCGCCUCCUGUCGCUGCCGCCGCGCACGAGACAUAGGGAACAAGGAGUCCCAGUGCCGCCCCGACUGCCAAACCCAAACGGACAGAUAGUACGGAAACUGCCGCGGCUUUCUCUGCCCCACCUUCUCCUCCAUCACCAGAGGGUGCCCAGAAGCCCGGGAAGCACAGACGACGCUUGGAUCUGGCUGCGAGAGGAAGGCAGCGAGCGAGCGGCGUCGGGGAACUUUCGCCCUCGGAUCCGCGUUCAUUCCAACCAGCCAGCCUGCCGCUAACCAAGAUCUCUCUGUCCCGGCGGCGCUGCGCGAAGCUCUUGAUGCGCCCCGUCCAGGAUCCAGUGCGUCCCCACGAUGCCUGCGGGAGCCGCAGCCACGUCUUUGAUGCAGGCGAAGGGACCCUGUUAGCUGGGUGGCGGCCAUAGGAGACCCUCCUGGACGGCGGUCGGCUCCGGGAGCCCGUGGGCGCCCUCUGAUGGAGAACGCCUCCAACGGCAGCCAGGGGCCCCUGGAGCCCCGGGCCCCUGGCGGGAAUGGGGUGGCGCUAGGCGCCUGCUUGCUCUGGCUGCUGGUUUUGAGCACCUUGCUGGGCAACGCCCUGGUCUGCCUGGCCAUCAUCCGGUUUCGCCACCUGCGCGCCAAAGUCACCAACUGGUUUGUGCUGUCACUGGCCUCGUCUGACCUGUGUGUGGCGCUGCUGGUCAUGCCCUGGCAGGCAGUCACGGAGGCGGUGGGCGGGGUGUGGCUCUUUGGCACCCGUUUCUGCGACACGUGGGUGGCCGCCGACAUCAUGUGCUCCACGGCCUCCAUCCUCCAUCUCUGCAUCAUAAGCCUCGACCGCUACUGGGCCAUCGCCAGCCCCUUCCGCUACGAGCGGCGGAUGACCCGGGGCCUGGCCUCCGCCAUGAUCGCCCUGGCCUGGACCCUCUCUGUCCUCAUCUCCUUCAUCCCUGUCCAGCUCCAUUGGCACAGAGUCCAGGAGCAAGGGGGGACUGACCCACAGUUGCCACGUUGUGAUGCCAGGCUCAACCCCACGUAUGCCAUCACCUCCUCCCUGGUCAGCUUCUACAUCCCUGUGUCCAUCAUGAUUGGCACUUACGCAAGGAUCUACCGCAUCGCCCGGGCUCAGAUCCGCCGCAUCUCAUCUCUGGAAAAGGCCGGAGGGCUGGGCUUUGCGCAGGGGAAAGAGCCCGCCUCUUCGCUGCGCAGCUCGCUCUGCAAGGAAACCAAGGUCCUCCAGACGUUGUCCAUCAUCGUGGGGGUAUUUGUCUGCUGCUGGCUGCCCUUUUUUGUCCUUAACUGCCUGCUACCCUUUUGCGAACCGAGGCCCGGCAGCGGGGUUUCUGGGCAAGCUCUCUGCGUCAGCCAGACGACUUUCCGCAUUUUCAUGUGGCUUGGCUGGGCCAACUCCUCGGUCAACCCAGUGAUCUACGCUUUCAAUGUGGACUUUCGGAAGGCUUUCAGCAGCCUCUUGGGCUGCCACCGCCGCCCUUGUUGGGCUCCAGGCAGGUCCGCCGUGGAGAGAGUCAACCUGAGCCACGAGCUGGUCUCCUAUCACCACGACUCCUCCUCCCACAAGAGCGGAGGAGAGCCAGUUCCGUCACCUCUCCCCACCAUUGCUGCCUGGCAUCGAUCCCUGCCCCACACAGUGAGCUCCCAAGGAGAAGGCGAGAGCAAUGGAGGAAUCCUGCCAGAGAACGAGAUGUUGUCCUCACGUCAGGCCGCUCAGAGGAGCAACAGCAAAAACCUUCACCUGCCAGCUUUGCUCCCCUCUGAAUGUGAGGCUGUGGUAUCUUUGGAGACUCUUGAUCCCUUUGCAGAGAUUACUGGGCACUAGAAUCUUUACUGCCACAUCCCAGCGGUAUGUGGAUGGGACCAUGUAGUGGCCACAAAGGAACACAAUCACAUAAGAAGAGUCCUGCUGGUUCAGACUGAAGGCUUAUCUAGUCCAGCAUUUUCUUUCCCCACAAUGGCCGACUAGAUGUGAAUAGGAAGCUCACAAACAAGACACAAGGCCUUUCACUGUCUCCUACUGUUGUUCCCCAGUGACUGGUAUUCAGAGGUGCACUGGCUCUGAUUCUGGAGGUAUCACAUAGCUGUCAGAACUACUUAUUUAUUUAGGGAUAUCUAUGCUGUCCAAUCAACUGUGAGGAUGGUUCACUUGUUGUUGGCAUCCGUCUCUCUUAGGAGAGUGCACCUUCAGGGUAAACUCAAACAGCUUUAGUCAAACAGAGUUACAGCGCCUGCUGUGGCUGUAGACAUUGAUACAGGAGAGACAUGUUUGAUUGCAGCUGGGACAGAUGAAGGUGUCCAGUUUUGCUUCUACAGGUGCACCUUAGUGUUUCUCCUCUCUGUGCUCCACUCUGCGGUCAUUCCUCCUCUGGUCAUUGCUAUGGAUACAUGGCCUGUCUGUCUGUCUCCAGGGGUUCACUAUUACAUGUUUAAUAGCCACUGAUAGCUCUAUCUGCCAUGCAUGGCUUCUUCGCAGUUGGGAUCAUGACCUAACUAAAAUGGCAGGGCCCGAUCACUUGGGACCUAUCCAUUGGCACCCAGCUCAUAUGGUUGGGUCCAAUGAAGUUUUGCAUGUUUGAUCAGAACAGAAGUCCUAGCGUGUGCAGUGGGUCUUAUGCCUAGGUUCGGAUUGGUUUGGAGCCUUAGACAUUACUCCUGAGUCUGCAACAAUCUGCACGAAAGUUCUUUCCUUCAUAACUGAGUAGCGAUCUACUAGUCUUUCUCUUAGAGUGUAUCCAGAGGCAAUGGUAAGACUGAAGGUUGAUUGUCUAACACAGGCUUCCUCAAACUCGUCCUUCCAGAUGUUUUGAGACUACAGUUCCUAUCAUCCCUGACCACUGGUCCUGCUGGCUAGGGAUCAUGGGAGUUGUAGUCCAAAAACAUCUGGAGGGCCGAGUUUGAGCAAGCAUGGUCUAACACAAGAGCCAUGAUUCCCAACUCUGUGAUGUGAGAGGAGCUGAAACAGAUAUUUAAGAAACUGAAGUACAGUGGUACCUCGGGUUAAGAACUUAAUUCGUUCUGGAGGUCUGUUCUUAACCUGAAACUGUUCUUAACCUGAAGCACCACUUUCACUAAUGAGGCCUCCUGCUGCCGCUGUGCCUCCGCUGUUCUCAUCCUAAAGCAAAGUUCUUAACCCGAGGUAAUAUUUCUGCGUUAGCGGAGUCUGCAACCUGAAGCGUAUGUAACCCGAGGUACCACUGUAUCUUAAUGCAUUCACCAGUCUUUGGAACAGGAAGCCCCCAUGUGCAACACUUAUUUGCCCCCACCAUCUUUCACUCUGCCAAGAUAUUGGUGCUGACAUCAUCCUGAUCAGUGGCGGAGGAACCCUCUCUGUCACUUGGGGCAGGACGCCGAGGGGCGGGGCAAAUCGCCUGGUGACGCAUGUGCGACGUCUGUAGGGACUGCGCAUGUGCGGCAGCCCAUAUGGUCACCACGCGAGCGGCAGCCCAUACGGAUGCCCGUACGGACACUGUGCACAAGCGGCAGUCCGUGCGGACUGUGCAGGUGUGGCAGCCUGUAUGGACACCAUGCGAAUGCGGCGUGAGCGGCGCCCACACUGACUGUGUGCGCACCCUCCAUCACUCUACAGCUGGGGGAGGCAGCGGGCCAUCUUGUCACCGCCCCGGGCACCCUCCGCCCCCCCCCUUUGUACACCCCUGAUUGCCCUAAGCACGGGGUGGGGAAUGUGUGGCUCUACAGAUGUUGCUUUCGAUAUUGUUGGACUGCAAUUUCCACCCCAAAGCAACCGUCAUCUGUGCCUGUGCAACAGCUGUCUCAAGUGCACACACCUCAGUUUCACUGCAAAGUGAAUGUGGCUCACGUUUGCAAAUGGGAUGGGAGCAAGAUAGGUAUGGAUUUUGGCCAAUGCCAUGUGUACACGGCUUCAAGCAACAGCAGUGGGAGUGUGCUGGAGCUACAGUAAAUGUGUACAAGAGCCUAAGGCUUUGAUGGCACUGUGAGUUCCUGUUGUUGCAGAGCAGCUGUAGAAGGGUGGACUGGACUGAGAAAAGUAUUAUCAUCUGCUUCAUUACCAGGGAUGUGAAGACAGAUGGUUAAUUGCAUGUUUCUGUACAUAUAUAAAUAUGUGCUUUGACAUUAUGGUAAUGAGCUGUGUAAAUUAUGCCCAGGCGCAGUGCAGUAAUUAUUUCACAUCUUACUGUGCUGCCCACAACUUUUAACAGAGCUGUACAAUUUAUAAUGUUAAAUCUUCUUUGAUGGUAACUGAAUGUAUAAAUCAAUGGAAGUUUAUUUUUGCCUUCCUCUUGUAUGUAUGUUUAAAGCCCCCCAAGAUCACUAUUAGAACAAUACUCUACAAGUUAUGUAAAAUACAUCAUGUGGGGCACAGUUACCUAGCCCCUGUGCUUGUAUUUAACAGGGCUUGCUCUGGGCUUAAAAUAUCAUCUAUUGCAUUGGUAUUUAAGCUUGUAUAGGCUGCUGCUCUAUAUUGGGAUUAUGCUGUUCAAAAGAAAUGUGAAGCCAGUGGGGUUGCACAAGUUCUAAUGAAGAUAUGAUUAUAUGGGAAAUGUAAUUAUUUGUUUCUCUCUUUUUUAUGGUACUGUUUGGCUCUCUGGAAAAUGAAAUCUAGCAGAAAUGCAUUUCCAUAAGGGGGAAAAAAUCCAACUUGGCUAUUAAAGAAAGGCUCUUUAAAAGCUUGGUACAAUUUUGCCAAAAUGAACACUUCUUUCAUUUGAAUCCAGCAUAAUAAUACAGCUACAUCAAGCAGGCGUACUGUUUUCCUAUCCUUUUGUCUCAGUGACAAAAAUCAUGUUCACAACAACAGCCAUAAUCUGUAUUACCUCUAGAUUUUGUAGCAUUUGUGCCAGGUCACCAGAUCAAGACUCAUUACAUGGUCCAAGCUCUCACACUGGUAUAUUGAGUUUUUAAAAAACACUCCUAUCUAGCAAGGGAGCUGCUACAGAUCUAUUUUUGAAUUGGGAAAUGCAUGUAUAUAGUUUUCCUAGAUGGAUUUCAGGCACCGUGGCUAUCAAAGCUUGGAGGCAGAAGUCCAAGGUCCCACUCAGGAAAGUGAGUAGGAGAUCGCCCAAACUGACCUAGCACUUUUUGAAUUACUGUAUUUUCUGCUCUAUAAGAUGCACCAGACCACAAGACGCACCUAGUUUUUGGAGGAGGGGGGGAAAAAAAAAUUCUGAAUCUCAGAAGCCAGAACAGCAAGAGGGAUCUCUGCGCAGUGAAAGCAGCAAUCCCUCUUGCUGUUCUGGCUUCUGGGAUAGCUGUGCAGCCUGCAUUCACUCCAUAAGACGCACACACAUUUCCCCUUACUUUUUAGGAGGGAAAAAGUGAGUCUUAUAGAGCAAAAAAUACGGUAAGUCAGUAAUGCACAAGACCAACUAAAGCAGAGGUGGGAAGACUUUGGCCCUCCAGAUGUUGUCAAUGGCUGUCUCAUCCCUGGCUGUUUGCUAUGGUGGCUGAGUCUGAUGGCAGCUGGAGUCAAACAACAUCUGGAGGACCAAAGAUGAGCUAACCCCUAGUUAAUAUGAUGGGUUGCUGGUAUAUGGGAACCCCUGUGUGCCCCCCAAAUCUGUUCUGAGGACAUGCAAGUGGCUGGAUGGAGGAGAAGACAAGCUGGAAGUCUCCCGCACACAUGGAUUUCUGUUGAACAAGCGAGCAGACAUCAUUGGAUGUCACCCAUUGUCUGUUGAAUAGACUUGAUUUACAUUUGCAGCAAGGGAUGUAAUAUUAGGCCAGCAAAAUCUUAACACUUUUUCCUGAGAAGGUUGUAUUCAGAUGAAACCCAGUCAAGUCAUUAUGUAAGUAGUCAGUUGGAUAUAUUUCACUAAAUGUUUUAUAUAAAUUAUAAAGGAUUAAAAGUACUUUGCAAAAUUAUUGCUUACCUCUACAAAAAUCGAAAAGAUUGCUUUAUGCAUAUUGCCAAUUUUUCCAUAAAAUAAAGUCAUGAAUGCUGACUUAGCAACAAAGUUUUAUAUCUGUUGAGUAUAAUUCUAUACAGUUGACUGCAGUCUGAAUGUAUGAUUGCUUUCUCAGAAAUGCAAGUAGCAGUCAGAUCACCAAUAUCCAUUUUCUUGCAAAACACUUAACUGAGGGUAUGUAUGCGUUAGCGGCUUAAACACAAUGAGGUCACACACACACACACACACACACACACAAACAAACACUACAUUUCACAUUACUCUUGGGGGAAAGCCAUUACAAUUAAAGUAGAAUUUGAUAGGUAUACAGUACAUUGGUUUGACACAAAAUGGCUGAAAUAUAACAAGGUGAAAGCUAGCAUGGGAAUACAGAAUAUUAAUCACUACGGAGCUGGGGGGAAAUUACAGUUCUUCCUGGAUGAAUGAAAGUGCCAUGAACUUUGCUAGCUUUAGAUACAACUGCCAGGCAUUUUAUAUGCUCUCUCGGCCCAAAAGCGGAGAUGAGUGAUGCACCCCAUAAUCAAAUUCGACUGGACUUAACUGUCCAGGGGUCCUUUACCUUUACCUUUUACGUAUAUUUCUUCCAAAUUAGUAGCACUGCAAUUUUGAAAGUGAGCUCUACUUUGAGCAGAACUGAACUUACUAUUAUUAUUACAGAAACAGAACUCUAGGAAUAAUUAUCUAGACAGAGUUUCAAUAUGGGCCCCUAGGUUACGUAGCAGUAUGGCUCAUUAUAACAUUCCAAAAUAGCAGUGAUCCUUAAGAAGAAACUGUGAUGCAUCCAUCUGUUUCACUUGAGCUCCAAAUGAACCUCUUGUCAAGAAACCUAUCAACAGUUAUGCCAUCAUUUCCCAGUAUUCCCUCUUUUGGCGCCCAAAGUGCAUUUGAACAUAAAGCAGAUACGUGAUACUAAUUACUAAACCGGGCACAAAGACGACAACAACUGGGAGUAAAAAUAAAAGUAUUAAAUGGUUCCUCCUAUCUGAGUUUUAGAAAAAUGAACUCAUUGGCUGGAUUAUGUGACAACACAUCCUCACAGCUAGCAAAUCUGUUGGGUAACUUUAGGUCGGUCAUUAUCUCUUAGUCCAUUUUACCCCACAGGCAGAGGUCGGGGCUAGCCAACCGUGGUGAGCGGUGAGCGUCCCAGGGGUUGGGGCGGCGAUAUCACACCCCCUCAGGGGUGACACCUGGGGCGGACCGCACCCACCACACCCCCUUCCUCCUCCAGUGUCCACAGGGUCGUUGUGAAGAUAACGGGUGAGGAGAACACUACCCCAACCUCUUUUGGGGAGGGGGGAGAGUAGGAUAAUAGAUAUUUUUGUGGAGGAAGGGGGAGACCCACAUUUGCAGUUUGCAUCUCCCCUGCCGAGAGCCUGAGGGUCCCGUUCCUGCUUCUCUCCACCUGGCCUAGGGCGGGGCCUGACUGGCCUCAUAAGGACUACUGCUGAGGCUGCUGCCCAGCAUGGACUGGGGUAUUGGAGGGGAAGUUUCAUUGGGAGAUUUUGCUGUUGUUACUGAUAUUAACUGAUAUUAACUUUUUGUAUCGUUUUUAUGUGGAAAUUGUUCAGUUUGGUUAUGUAGUUUUUAAUGUGUUUUAUUUAUUUUUAUGACCACUUUGCUGUGUUUGUAAUUAUGCAAAUCGUUUCGUAUUGGAAGUCGUCUUGAGGAUUGUUUUAACUGUGGAAAGGCGGCAUACAAAAAAAAAAUAAUGAUGGUAGUGAUUACCAAAAAAGAAAAGAAAAGAAAGUCCAGUGAACAUUAAAAUGCUCCCUACGCAUGAUCUGGAUCAGGCCCCCAUGCUGGCAAUUUGAAGAAGAACAGAAGUCAAGUGUAGCUUCUCCCUCAUCACCUUGAUUGGGGUCUGAUUAUGUGCAAACAGUACAACGGAUAUUUUGACACAUUUUCUCAACUGUGCCACGGUGCACACCCUCAGUGAGAUUCUCCUGCAACCGUGUAAAACUGCCACACCUUCCAUCGCAAGGCACACAUUUUUUCAGAGCAGACUUUGUAGUAAGCACUGAAAGAGUUUGCUGGCAGUUCUAUUUGUUUUUUUCUAGAACAUUUUUACUCCAUUAAUUUUGGCCGUCAUUUGAAUCCCCACACCAUAGCAAGCGUGUUUACAUUUUGUUCGAUAUCUUCACAGCUUGCAAGGUCUGUGGGAAGAAAAGAACAGGCUGUGAAUAUACCUCCACCUCCACAUUCAUCCCUGUCAUUCUCCCUGUUCCUGUCUCCUGAUUCACCUCCACAUAUGUUCAUCCUGGUCAUGCAAAUAAACUUCCUAGUUUCUCUACCAACACAGUGUUCCCAUGCAUUCUGACACCUGUGCAUCACUCCAUCAGCUGUCCUGAGCAUCUAUUUUGGUAGAAGGAAGAACGUGUCUCAGCUGUCUAGAUGAUGAUGAUGACAUCACCUCGUGUUGGGAUGGAGAACCUGUGGCCAGCUGUUGUUGGAGCCAACUCCCAUCAGCCACAGUCAGGGAUGUUGAGAGUUCGCAUCAGAAAAUCUGGAGAGCACUAGAUUCCAAGCACAUGAUUUAACACAUAAGCUACAAUUCCCAGGAUUAUCUGAGGGAAGCUAUGUCCUUUAAAUGUGCAUUAAAUGUAUGUUGUGGAUGUGACCUUGGUGACUUUUCUGGUUAAAGUGAGACUUGAAGGACAGUGUUCUCAGCUGACAUUUUGGAGCAGUCAUACUAGCAGGAAGUGAAAAAUGAAAUUGUUUGUUAGUCAUAGCUUGUUUUUGGACAACCUCAUUAGCCUCCCAUUUUUAUUAUGUUUACACUAAGGAACUGUGGGUUCUUGGUCACUAUCCCAUCCUCAGUCCAUACCCUCUUCAAAAUAGCCUCCUCAUAUUGUUGGCUGCUUUUGGGGGGCAACAUAUGGCUUUUUAAAACGUAAGAAGAGUCCUACUGGAUUAGGCUAAAGUACCAUCUAGUUCAGCAUCCUGUCAUAGGACCCAACCAGGGGCCUUUAGGAAGCUCACAAGACCUGAGUGCAAUAGCAACUAUUUGUCUAUUGGAAAGUUGGUCAUCUGAUUGGUGGCAUCUGCAAAUCCCCAUGCUAUGCACAGCACUCUGAAACCCUGUUAAUCAGCUGGUCAUCGGUGAGGCUUUAAAGCACUGCACAAGGCUGUCUGCAAGCACUGACAAUCAGUUGGUGGUUAGGACUUCAAAAUGCUGCUCACUGCUUUCUGCGAGAUCAGUUGAUAAUUGGUUCUUGUACAGAAUUGUGUGAGGCACAUUGAAGCCAUGACAACCAGCUGAUUGUCUGGACUUCAAAGUGCCACACUAGGUGGGUUUGCACUAAAAAAAAAGCUGGUCACCUAACAUUGUUAGGUGAUGUCAGAUGAUUAAGAUCUGAGCAGCCUCCAUGCUGAACUUGGCCUUUGGGGCAAAGCCAGCCCUGUACCGUAGUGGAUUCUAAGUAGAAAUGAGUGUAAAAAGCAACACAAUCAAGGUUAGCAUUAAAGCCAUAUGAAAAUUAGACUUACAAGGACAGAUUUCAGUGAACGGCAUUACUUCUUUGGAAAGCUUUGCUUUCAUUCUCAGAGAAAUCUAUCUGUUCCCAGUGGCUGAGCUCCUGAGAGUGUAGCAGAGGUUCUCAAAACAGUGCAGUCCUGCUUUGAAAGCUAACCAUAGUUAUCGCCCCUGUCAUUAUGAGCUGCUUCAUGUUCAAGCCAGUGUGGUGUGCUCAUAAAUCCUUUGGUUCAGAAGCUUAAGGUAAUUGUCUCAGAGAUUUCAGUAACACGCAGGAUGAUAACUGUGUAGUGUAUUUCAGGCUGAAAACGACCUCUUUCUUCCCUAGAUCAAUGCAUUUUCAUUCUAUCCAAGUCCUAUUUCCACAGUGUGAGGCAGAAGCCACUCAUGUUUUAAAUCAUUUUUGGUAUGCAAGUGAUAUAAGAAAGUGCAAUUUUGCAUCCAAAUGAAGGCUGGGGUUGCCUACCUUCUGGCUAUUACGAUUGCCAGUAAGCUGCAUCAGGGAAGUUGGCAGAGGCUUGAGAGCUGGUUUGAUAGUGUCAUAGAUCUAGAGUACCAGAGUCUGUUAGUGAAUAGUAGAAAUUAAUAAACACUAGUAUUUACAUAAUAUUUGUGAUAUGAGGCGAAAAUAGAAGCUGCAGAACUGUGCCAGACAAUUAGCAAGUGAGCUAUUAAGGAACAAUGGGGAACCAGUACUUAGCCAUUAAGGGUCAUUGGCAAUGGAAAAGAACUGUCCCCCUCCCCAACCAGGAGGUGGUGUGUGUGUGUGAUGUCACAGGAAAAUUUGUCCUUUUUGAAAUCUAAAGGUAUUCCGGAAAGAAGGAGGAAAUACGCAAAACCAUCUUGGUACUGGCUGGAGGAGGUUGCACUGAGAAAUUGGGAGCCAUGACUGACCACUUCUUUGGACCCAGCCUUGCUGAAGCUAUAAGAGGGGCAAGGAGAGACACUCUUGGGAUAUAAUGUUCUGCACCCCAUCCAUUGAAGGUACAAAAUGA